CUUCCCGCUGGAGACUCCCCUCUCUGCCCCUUCGGCCAGCGAUCAUCCCUCCCGGCCCUGUUCCAGCCGCACCCCUGGGUCUGGUCCCAUUGCCAUGCGCUGCUUCGAGAAGGAGGGCAGCUGGAACCUGUCCUUCUCAGGGGCGGGUUUCCUGGGUCUCUACCACGUGGGGGUGAUCCACUGCCUGAGGCAGCGCGCCCCGCGCCUCCUCCGCGGCGCCAGCCGCUUCUACGGCUCCUCGUCCGGGGCGCUCAUCGCCGUCAGCGUCGUCAGCGGUCUGUCCGUUGAUUUGUGCUGCUCUCGCUUCCUGGCCAUGGUCAAGCAAGUGGAGCAGCUGAGCCUGGGCAUCUUCCACCCCGCCUUCAUGCCCAUCAAGACCAUCAGGCAGGACCUGCAAGACUCGCUGCCCACAGACAUUCACAUCCUGGCCUCCCAGCGGCUGGGCAUCUCGCUGACCCACUGGCCUGACGGCAAGAACUUCAUUGUCACUGACUUCGCCACCCGCGAUGAGGUCAUUGAGGCCUUGGUCUGCACCGCGUACUUCCCUUUCUACUGUGGGACGAUUCCUCCCACGUUCAGAGGGAAGCGCUACAUUGACGGUGCUCUAAGCAACAGCAUGCCCUUCGCGGACUCACCCUCCACCAUCACCGUGUCGCCCUUCCACGGGACGGUGGACAUCUGUCCCCAGAGCAGCUCGGCUAGCAUACACGAGAUGAACACCUUCAGUGCCAACUUCCAGAUCUCCACCAAGAACCUCUUCCGGGGCAUCAGCUGCUUCAUCCCCUCCAGCCCCGAGGUAAUGGCCGACAGCUGCAGACAAGGCUACCUGGAUGCCCUGAGGUUCCUGGAGAGACGCGGACUCACCAAGGAGCCGGUGCUGUGGAGCUUGGUGUCUAAGGAGCCCCCAGCCCCAGCUGAUGGGACCCCAGACGCUGCCCAUGACAGAGGCCUGUCGCUCAACUGGGCAGUGCCCAAAGAGCUGGUCAAGAAUGUGCCCGACUUUGAGCAGCUCUCCCCAGAGCUGGAGGCUGCACUGAAGAAAGCCUGCAUGCGGGACCCCAGUGCCUGGGCCUCUUUUCGCUGCUCAGGGCCUGGGUGGGCACUGACGUACCUGCUGCUGCCCUUUGAGUACGUCUACUUCCAGAGCAGAAGAUUCGUGGAGUGGCUGCCGGAUAUGCCCGCCGACUUGUGGUGGAUGCAAGGCUUGCUGAGGAGCUUGGCCCUUGAGGUCUGUUCCAGGACGAAGGACCAGCUCCUCAGCCUGCUUGUCACCAGCCCCCUCCAGCCUAAGGCUGCUCCUCCCAAGGACCUGGCCAAGGAGCCCAGACCCACCCAUCAGGCCUAAGGGGACCGUGCCAGCCCAGCCCAGUGACUGGCCUCCCCUGACUCCCAUCAUGGCCCUUGUCCCAUGCCCACAUCUGCCCCUAGUCCUUGAGUCCUGACCAUCUCCUGGAGCUCAGAGCCUGAGCCUAGCCCUAGGUGGGCACUGGAAUUGUCAGCCACAUGGAGGGUGGAGAGGACAGAGACUCUUGUCCCAGGCCAUGUGGGCAGGUGGCCCCCAGGAGCGAGAAGAGCCCCCCCUGAGUCUCUCCAUAGCCCCCGCUCCUGGGUCUUCAGGUUCUUUUUUUCUGGGUGAGGCACAGCCUCUUGGUACAACCAGGUCAUCCUCCUGUCUCAUCACAGGGAGGAAGGAAGCCAGGGGCUGAGACACAUGUCUGGUUCUGGAAUUUCCAUUUGGGGGACUUGGGGCAGCGUCUCGGGGAAUCAGGGCUUGGGUGUGUCAUAGAGCAGCAUGCAGAGAACUUCAGGGAAGGUGGAGAAAAUGCUACGGGCAUACCAGAUCCCUGGCUUCCCUGGUGGCUCAAACAAUAAAGAACCCGCCUGCAACGUGAGAGACCUGGGUCAGGAAGAUCCCCUGGAGAAGGAAAUGGCAAAGUUCACUCCAGGAACUUUGCCAGGAGAAUUCCAUGGACAGAGGAGCCUGGCAGGCUACAUGGGGUAACGCAGAGUCAGACACGACAGAGCAACUGAUACUUUCACUUGCACAGAACAGGGAACAAAUGGAAAUGUCAGGGUGAGGAACGCCACCUCUCUGACCCUUUCUGACUUUCUCUGUCCUGCGCUAGCCCUCGGGGGGUAAUCUCUGUGCUCUGCAUCACUCUAGAAACCUUGACCUCUGACUUCCUCUGGGUCUAUUCCCCAGGGAACCCCCAGCAGGAGAUGGGAGGGUGGGAGGAGAGAGAGGGAUUAAAAUCUCAGAAUCUCAGCUAUGUGUGCUUUUGUUGGGGUUCCCAAAGGCCCCUGGCUGCCACCACCACAGGUCUCCCUGAUGUGUUCCUUUUUUUUUUAAUAUCUUUUUUAUUUUAUUUUUAAACUUUACAAUAUUGUAUUGGUUUUGCCAAAUAUCGAAACGAUGUGUUCCUUAAAAAGAUUUUUGAUGAGCAGUGCCUCCAGCCUGGCCCCUCCCUCUCUUGGGCACAGAAGGUGCUGGGACAUCAGACCUCCUCCAGCCUCUCUCAGGAAUUGCUCCUCUUCCCAUCCUGAGAGCAGAGCCCACACCAUGCCCCUGGCCAGGCCCUUAAGAGACACUCAGCCCGAGGAGGGCUGGGAAGGAUGAAGACUUGGAGGCAGGCCUGAGAAAAAAAGAAGCCAAGGAAUAAAUGUGUGAACAAGAGACAUAUUCAUUCAUUCAUCUGACUUAACGAGUUAUAGGCUCUGGGGACACAGCUGUGAACAAAACUUGUAUUCUGGUUGGGGCAUGAGAACAGAUGCUAAACAGGAAACAGGAAAAGGUGAAAAUAAGAUCAUCUCCAGGAAUGGCAGUUCUGUGAGGAGACAGGAGGGCGAGACUGAUGGGGUGGGGAGCAACCUGGAACCAGGUGGUCCUGGAGGGCCUCUUUGAGGAGGUGGCACUGGAGGGGAAGUCUGAGAUGAGACUUGAGAGCCGGUGAAGAGUUUUGCAAGCAAGGGGAACAGCGCAUGCAAAGGGGGACCUGCGCUUGCAAAGGCCUUGAGUUGAGAAUGAAGAGGGGGUGAAGGGGUACACUGUGGGCAGUGAGGCGGUUGGGGCAUGGAGGGUACUGUUUGGAUUGCACAGUCAUUGCGGGAUGGUGAGAGCAGAGAAGCAAAAGGUGACUGAAGGGUGAGUAGAAUCCAGGAGGGUCUGGGCAUGAGGGUGGGACAGAAAGGUGAGUGGCUCUCCAGCUCCCAGUCCUGGCUUUCCGAGUGCCAACCGUCUGCUGAGUGUGAACUGAGCCCGAGGCAGAUCCCCACCUCAGGGAGCUCACAUUCCUCUAUUGCUAUUUCUGUGAAGGUAAUAGGGAGUCUGACCCUCACAAGUGCCCACCACUUACAGUUUUCAAAGCCAGUUACCUCACUUAAUUCUCACAGCAACUCUGGGAGGUGAGCAUUAUUCUGCCCCAUUUUAUGGGUGAGGAAACCAAAGCGCAGAGUGGUUCUGUGCGUUGGGGUAAGUGGUAAAGCUGUAAAUGUCCAAGUGUGUGCUCCAAGCAGCAGAAGGAUCUCUGGAAAAAUCACAGCUUCUUUGUGCACCUGCUGUGCAAUGCUGAACAAGUUCUUUCCUCCAUCAGUUCCUCAUUUCCUUGCCUUUAAAAUGACUAGUUUGUUUCUAAAGGGCCUCCAGCUCCCACUACAGAGACAAUUAAUACUACCGUGCUCAGGGGGAGGAGAGAUGAUUCCAGGAGGGGAUUAGCCACAGAGGGCUAGGUGUUUGAACUGGGUCUUUAUGGAAGCCUAGAUUCUAGGUUGGCAGAAAGUCGCUCCAGGAGUGUGGCUGCUGGUGUAAAGACAGGUUUGGGGUGCCCCCUGGUAAGUUAAAGAGACAAGGAGUCUGGCUCAGAUAUGUGAAGCACCUGAUCCCACAGCAAAUCAUUGAUGGAGUUAGCAUUCAAGACUAGGUCACGGGACUUCCCUGGUAGCCCAGUGGCUAAGACUCCAGGUUCCAGUGCAGAGGGCCUGUAUUCAAUCCCUGGCCAGGGAACUGGGUCCCAC